UAUUAUUAUUAUUUUGUUCUUAACCAUAAAGAGAGCAAAGCUCUGAUGUAGUUUUCCUGCCAAGGAGACAGAAAAGCGACACACCAGGAAUGAAGUACAUGGUUACAUUCUGAACAUCUUAUUAACGUUGGGAGAGGAUUGACCCUUGAACUUUUCUGCCAGACAAGGGAUCUUUGAACUUAUUCCUGCCUGGGAGAUAAGAUUUGAACUUAUUCCUGCCAAGGAGACAAGAGACCUUUAAACUUACUUCUGCCAAGGAGCAAGAGACCUUUGAACUCCCGCCACACGCCAUGAACUGGGUGGGCGGGGUGCGUCGCCGAGUGCUUCAGAGGGACGAGGUGCGGCGCCGCCAAGAUCUCUUUUUCGCUGCCCACGCCCUCCUGGCUCAAAAGUCUGCCAGCGGGAACACCACACAGUAAUCACAGUACAUGGCAGUACCAGCAGAGAGAUCCCAAGUUAGUGGCAGUACCUAUCUCACGGCAAGGCUUCCAUCAGGAUCACUGGCUAGCAGGACCAGGAUUAGCCCCCGUAAGUGGAGGAGUGAUGACCUGGUGUGUGAGAGGCUUAAACGAGGACAGGGCUGGAAUAAUUUCUCCAACUUCUUGCAAAAAAAGAAACAGAGUGGGUUACAGGCCAACCAUGCUGCUGACCUGCAGCCUCGUAGGAAGGGUCACAGCAAAGCUGCCAAGAAGGUCUCCAAUACUUCCUUCCCUCCUGUGCGUCCUGCCUCCAUACAUGGGCCUUUCUCUCGGUACUUGCUCAAGCUGGAGCUCCAAUCUGUUGGGCUGAAAUUGGAUGAAGGAGAAGAAAAAUUGGGCUCAUGUGAGAAGCAGGGGCUUCAGAGUAGGACCAAAGAGCAGAGAAAGGAAAGGGACAGCAGGAAUGGAAGGCUGGCCAGGGAAAGCACUGCACGUGACAGAAGCAGAGAGGGGAAAGAAAUUAAUGAACAACCCAUGAAUCAUGAUGAAACUACAAAAGAUAAUCUUGAACUUCAAGAUACCAGAACAAGAAAGAGACACACCAGCAGCAAAGACAUUGAUCUCAGUCCUAGACAUAAAACAUUGAAGAGUAAAGCACCAAAACAUCAUGAUGAAGGCAAUACUAACCCUGGUGAUAAGGAAAUCAGAAGGAAAGGCAACUUAAAUAAUACACCAAAGGAAAGAAACAAACACCUUAGCACGAAAACCCCUGAGAGGACUCACUGUUGUAAAGCACACAGAAUCACAGGACACACUUCUGCAAAUGCCCAUGGUAGUCAAGCAAUUACUCAAACAAAAAGCAAAAAUAUUAAAGAUUCUUCAUCUGAAAAUACAGUGCAUAGAGAACAUCAGUGUAAUACCAUAAAUGCCAAAGCCUACACAGCGAAUUCCAAAGAUGUAGAAGCUAAUAAAAGCUUGAGAAACUCUGAUUGGAAGCAGCAGGAACAAAAGUCAAAUAAGAGAGACAGUGAUAAGAAGUCUUCAAGUAUGGAAGAAAGACACAGUAAGAGGACACACAAAACUUCUAGUUUGCUUGAUGGAGCUCCUCGGCUAAGACAGGUCCUCUCUCUCACUCCAGAGCGUCAUAGGGGCAGAAUUUGGGCUCCUCUGUACCUAUCCACUGCUGAAAGUUCUUCACAAGGAAAACAAGACAUGGCUAAGAAUGUGAAUCAGAUGAACACUGACAAGAAACAAGAAACACAAAAGAACACUAACUCUAGAGAGAAAUACAAAACAUUACAUAAGCCUAGCACGAGUAAGGUACAGAGAGAGUGGGAGGAAGCUCGUCUGACAAUGCUGCUUGGCACACAGUUCAAGAGUUCCUCAAGUAAUGACAAAGAUAAACAGGAAGAUGAAGGUAAUGGAGAAAGUAAUAGUACUGCAGAAAUAACACAUAAGUCUUCAAAUCCUCCACCCACACAUUAUGAAGCUGAUAAAGCUAGAAAAAGUCACAUGACAUUUGACUCACCAGAUACUCAUCAAACAAGAGGAAAAAUCCCAGACACCAAAACAAGUGAAACCCCAAAGAGGGGUGACCAUAUCAGCCAAAGACCCAAGCUGAGUACUUACACCCGCACAGUUUACAAGAUUGAGAGUGGACUGAGUUUUGCACGAAAGAGGAAGGACAAGACUCCCUACCUUGACAGGAGCUUUGGCACUCCCUGGCUAGGUGGUCCCAUAUUUGACACCUCUGGGAGCAGCUUCUCUUCAAUCCAGGACCCCAACUGACCCCACAUUGGAAAGGUCCUGUGAAGAUCCUCUUGGGAGUCAAGGAACAGAGUUACACCUCAACACCACCAUACAUUCCAUCACCACCACUCAGUAUCAAGAGCAGGAGGAAGAAACAGAUGAGGCUCAAACCACCAUAAAGGAAUAUGGCAUUAAUCAGAGCCAAAAGCAUCUAUUUAAUAGCCAAUAUACAUCCAAAGAGGCUUGCAGCCCUCUUUCAGUAUUACAUGGAUAUGAAAAAUUUAAAAACAACAGAGGGACCUGGAUGGUUAAUAAGAGAUAUGCUGACUUAGUCACUGAUCCUCACCAAUCUGUCACACACCAAUUCAGUGAUGAAAAUAAGAGCCUGGGUUCAUUGUACUUUGACCCACAUAAUUCUCAUUGGCUUGGAGCACAUGAGAACAAAAUAUUACCAACACAACACCAAUAUACUUGCCAAAAUGAGGGUAGCACUGAAGGAACCUCAGACAUGGCAAACCCUUCAGCAACUCACACUCAGGUGCCUUUAAGCAAUAAACAUGACUCCCAGAAUGUAAGCUACAGACAGUAUGGUAGCAACAGUAAUCACAGGCAAGUAAUGACUGAAAAUUAUAAUUUUCUUGAGUCAAAUGAGAUGUUAAACUAUUUAAACCAUUCUAGUGGUAUGGUCUCAUUGAAGGCAAUACCAUAUCCAGUCAACAUACCAACAAGUCACUUUAUGGCAAAAGAGUGUGACACAAACCAGGAAUUAUUAGUCUGCAUGUCGCAAAACCCUUUAGUAGACAAGCCACUUGCAUACAAUCACAAUAGUCAGUUCCAUCAAUAUUCAGAGGCUCCAAAAUGCCACUCCUCUUUACAAUAUCUCACAUCUCCAAUACAAAAUGGAACAAAAUGGCAACAUGGGAAUGAAAAAAGUGAAAAUAGUUUCAUGUAUUACAAUGAAUAUUUAGGAUAUGAUGAUAUGAGACAACAAGCUGUAAUUGAUGUGAGGGAGCAACACCUGAGACAUGACAUCAUGGGAAGCUUUCAUGGGAGUUUUGCAUAUGGCAGGGAGGCACAAACUACUUCUUAUCAUUCAGGUAACCAAAGAAGAGUGCUUUGAUUCAUGGAGGGAUACAUGGAAUGCCUUGCAGCCUUCUUCCUUUUCACAAAAUGAGAACUUCCUCCCCAGUAGCUACAUGUGAGGCUACCCCAGCACCAGCACCACCACCAUGGCACUGUCACAUGCUGGGAUGGUGUGCAAGAUGUCAUUUGUGUCUAUGAUGAGAGAAUUUAUCAGCUUUGGUGAAGUUAGAAAAUAAAAAGGUUAAAAGAUAUGAGUAGAA